AUGAUCUCCUUAACAGACACCCAGAAAAUUGGAAUGGGAUCAACAGGAUUUGGAGUGUUUUUCCUGUUCUUUGGAAUGAUUCUCUUUUUUGACAAAGCACUACUGGCUAUUGGAAAUGUUUCAUUUGUGGCUGGCUUGGCUUUUGUAAUUGGUUUAGAAAGAACAUUCAGAUUCUUCUUCCAAAAACAUAAAAUGAAAGCUACAGGAUUUUUCCUGGGUGGUGUAUUUGUAGUCCUGAUUGGUUGGCCUUUGAUAGGCGUGAUCUUUGAAAUUUAUGGAUUCUUUCUCUUGUUCAGGGGCUUCUUUCCUGUGGUUGUUGGAUUUAUUAGAAGAGUGCCAGUCCUUGGAUCACUCUUGAAUUUACCUGGAAUUAGAUCAUUUGUAGAUAAAGUCGGAGAAAGCAACAAUAUGGUAUAGCAACAAGUGAAUUGAAGACUCAUUUAAAAUAUUGCAUUAUUUAUAAAAUCCUUUGAAGAAUAUUCAGCACAAAAUUAAAUUACAUGAAAUAGCUUGUAAUGUUCCUUACAGAAGUUUAAAACAUAUAGCCUACAGAGUAGCAACAGCAGUUAACAAAGAAGCAGUGAAAACAGACUUCUAACCAAGUCAUCUAAGAAGUCAGCAAGCAAACCGAAGGAGAUGAAAUCUAUGUUACAAUGCAUAUUGAAACUCUUGAA